AUGAGCCGUGAUUCCACAUUAAAAGAAAGCAUUCAUCGGCAGCUUGUGGAAUGCCAGGAAAAAGGGUAUGCAAAACCAGCAACGCGAGGUGAACUCGACGAAGCUGACCUGAAACGAGUCUGGUAUUUGCCAUUAGGAGCGGUGGUGAAUCCCAAAAAACCAGGAAAGGUGCGGUUAAUAUGGGACGCUGCGGCAACUGUGGACGGGAUAUCGCUGAACUCCUUACUUCUGAAAGGUCCGGAUCAAUUGACGUCAUUACCAGCAGUUCUAUCGCGCUUCCGACAGUUUACGCGAUCCAUCGAGAAACCUACCGUGUAUUUCAUGAACGUAGCCACGUUCGGCUCGUCCUGUUCCCCAGCGUCCGCACAGUACGUAAAAAACAAAAAUGCUGGAGAAUUCGCCGAAAGAUACCCCCAGGCCUCGCAAGCAAUCGUACAUAACCAUUACGUAGAUGACUACUUGGAUAGCUUUCAAACCGUUGAAGAAGCCUUACGAGUUUCGCAAGAGGUGAAGAUGAUUCACAGUGAGGGAGGAUUCCUUUUGAGGAAUUGGUUAUCCAAUACAGUACGUGUGAUAGAAGGCAUGGGAGAAAUUAACGCAAGUGACACCAAAAGUCUAGCGCUAGACAAAGGGUCGGCCUGCGAGCGAGUGUUAGGAAUGUUAUGGAACACGACGGAUGACGUACUUUGUUACUCCACCCAACUGAAGGAUGAAGUGCAAGCCCUAUUGGACGAUAACGAGCGACCAACCAAACGUCAAAUGCUGCGAUGUCUGAUGAGUUUUUUCGACCCACUCGGUUUACUCAGCUCUGUCCUGGUACAUGGGAGGAUUCUGCUACAGGAUGUUUGGCGUGCCGGAACACAAUGGGACGCACAAGUCGAUGACAAUAUUUGGGAGCGGUGGAUCAAGUGGAUCGAUGCUGUGAAGAAGAUAAACCAAAUACGAAUAUCUCGCUGCUACUUCAGAAAGGCGACACUUAGAAGUUACAAGGAUUUACAGCUCCACAUUUUCGUCGAUGCGAGUGAGCUUGCCUAUUCAGCUGUUGCCUACUUUCGCAUAGUUAAAACAGAUAAAACAUCAGAGUGUGCACUUGUUGCGGCGAAGGCCAAGGUUGCGCCUUUAAAACCGCUUUCGAUUCUCAGACUGGAACUGCAAGCGGCAUUGUUAGGAGCUAGAUUAAUGCAAUGUGUUAUCGAGAGUCAUACCGUAGCUGUAACGAAACGAUAUUUGUGGAGUGAUUCAUCUACUGUACUGGCGUGGAUACGAGCUGACCAUAGGAGAUACAAGCAGUACGUAGCCUGUAGAAUCGGGGAGAUUCUCACAUUAACUGAUGCUAAAGAGUGGAGAUGGGUGCCGACUAAAUCAAAUCCGGCCGACUCAGCAACAAAGUGGGGAAACGGACCGUCUUUUGAAGCAACAAGCUACUGGUUUAGAGGUCCGGAAUUUCUUCAUUGCGCCGAAGAAGAAUGGCCCCGUCCUAGGAGUAUGCAUUUAACUGCAGCGGUAGAAGAAGAAUUGCGGCCUUGUCAUUCACAUCGAGCUGCAACUGUAUCAGAAGCGAUUAUAGAUUAUCAACGGUUCUCCAAGUGGGAACGUUUACUGAGAACUAUGGCGUACGUGUGCCGGUUCAUCGAGAACCUGUAG